AUGCUUGGAUUUGGAGGUUAUUCAACUGUUUGGCUAGCCCUGGAUAAUUGCCUGCAUCGCUAUGUCGCUGUUAAAGUCGGUAUAGCAGAUUCCGCUCUGCACGAGACCAAUAUUCUCCGAGCUCUCGCAGAUCCAGGACAUGAUGCUAUCCCCACCCCACUAGAUGAAUUUGAGCUGAAUGGCCCCAAUGGAACACAUCUAUGCUACACCAUGACACCCGCGCGAUGCAAUCUUCGCGAAGUGUCUUUUAGUCGUCUCUUCCCUCAUAUCCACCUUCGCAAUGUCCUAGUCAAACUUCCAUCAAAUUUUGAUCACCUUUCGGUUGAGCAGCUAUAUGAAGAGUAUGACGAGCCUGAGACAGUCUUCGUUAAGGAACGUGAUGGGAAGCCCCUUCCACCAAAUGUCCCAGCGAAGGCAGUGAUACCACUUUGCCUUGGGAAAGAUGCAGAAGAAUUCUUACUAUCUGACACACACCUACUUCUGAGUGACUUUGGUGAGACAUUUGCCCCGGACCUGGAAACUCGCCGUGGGGAAGACUGCCACACACCUUUAGCAAUGCGAGCGCCAGAAGCUCGAUUUGGACCCCAGGCCCCUCUCUCUAUAUUCAGCAGACAUAUGGAGCUUGGCAACAAUAAUCUGGGAGAUUCUUGUAUCCCAAAAUAUCGAUGUGCUGGGUCCUAUGCCACCGAGUUGGUGGACACUGGCGGGAGCGAGGCCAAUUUUUUUGACGAUGAUGGACGCCCAAAAGAGGGCCGCUACGUAUGGCCCGGAAUUGAAGAGGUCUUUGAAGAAGCUGCUAUUAUUGAUUUGAUGCGGCGAAUGUUUGCAUUCCGGCCUGAAGAACGGCCAACAAUCCAGGAGGUCCUACAGUCAGACUGGAUGGUUAAAUGGGCGUUGCCUGAAUUGGAACGCAGUUCGCAGAUGGAGUAG